UAAUACGUAAAAACAAAAACAUCAACGAAGCACAAUUUAGAGCGUGGUAAGGACAAACAAUUGGCUUAAUUUUUUUCCCUCCUCUUCUUUCCCAUUCCGUUCGUCGGUCCGCACUACGAGGGUCGCUGCUUAACCGUAAGAUCUUUUCUCAGAGUAUCCAGGGCCGUCGAUUCUUCUCUGAGACUGUCCCAGGUUCGAUCCCCAUAAAACCAAAAAGAAAAAAAACACAAACUUCGAAGGUAGGAGUGAACACAGCAGUCGUAGCAGCAGCAGCUGGAACAGUGCACAGCUUAAACUUUAAAACGGCCGGUGUUCUGCAAUGAAAAAUUCUUUUGAUGGUGGAUAAUUGAGAAGAAAUAUGAAACCCUAGUAAGUAUUUUUUCUUUUUAGGGUGUAUAGAAAUGGAGAUCAGAAACCCCAAGUUAACCAUUGAUCUCAACACUGAACCAAGAGAAGGCGGCGGCGGCGUCACGCAUUACGUUGCUAUGGACCCGACGAACCUGGUGAAGAGAUACCAUGGCGUUUUACCGGCGGUUUCCGGGAAUGCGGCGGAGGAACCGGGGACUGGAGGUCAGGUGCCUUGCUGUGCUCUCUGCCGUAAGGUUAUUCAGGGCAAUAAUGGCAUUGCGUGCGAUGGAUGUGAGCAGUGGUUUCAUGUGGGGUGUGUGAAGCUGAGGCCGAAACAGGCUUCGGCUUUGGAGGAUUGGAUGUGUUAUAAUUGCGUUGCAGGGAGCGGUGGCAGCCAGAGGUGGCCCUUGGGGGUUUUGGCUAAUGAAUUUAGGACUAGAUUAGGGUUUAAGGGCAGUGAUGCUGUUGGAGGCGUAGCGGCCGAGAAUGUUGCUUCGGAUGCGGCUGUAGCUUUGGCCACCGCGUUGGCUGAUGCCGCAGCCUCCGUCAAAAAUAUUGGCGGGGAUGCAGUCAGCUGCGAGCCCAGGGUUGGCAUUACAGGUCAGCUGCCUGGAACAGAUUUAGAAACAACAAGAGCUACAACCCCUCCCAUUGUAACUGUAAAUAAUGUGGCAAAUGGCUUUGCCUCAGAAAGUCCAUCUGAAAUGACUGUUGGGAUGUCCAAAAUUGAUACAGAUAAACAGUCGUACAUCAGAUUGCGAGACACAGGUAAUUCAAAUAAUGCUAGUUCAAGUUUGUCUGAUGAGGAGCAAUUUGACUGUGGAGAUUCAGAAGCAAGGGGAAUGAAGGCAUUAGGUGAUGAAUACCUGCAAAAGCUGAAAGAUUUUAUUUUACAAAAGAAAGGAGAAUUAAGUGAUGGAUGGGCAGUAGAAAUUAAGAAACGAUCCAACAACCAUGAUUAUGUUGUAGCAUACUUUUCCCCAGAUGGGCAGAGAUGUCGUUCGCGAUUAGAUGUUGCUCGUUAUAUGGGACUUAUAGGAAGCAACUGUGUUAAUGCUUCUGUGGAUGGGGUUGAAGGCAGCAUUUUUCCAGAGAAAGAUUUACCAUCUUCCAACCAGAAACCCUUACCAUCUUCAACAUUACCAAGAAAGAGGAAGGAUUUAGCUAGACGAAAGUGCAUUGAUACAACUUUAGCAAAGGUACAAAGCUGCAUAGUGAAUGAUGAGAUCAAAAGCACUAGUGAGAAUGAGGAUCAUUCCUCUGACCUUGACAUGGAUCCUAAUUUGCGAAAGGUAAAGAGAAAGAAAAGAGAGUGCAUAUCGACUGCCACUGAGAGUGAUUUACAAGGAGCAGAAUCUAAGGUGGAUUUGCCUGUACAGUAUGAAGAUUUUUCAAUUGAAUCUCUUGGAACCAUUGAUCCUCGACCUGCAUAUCAUGAUAAUCUCCAUAUUUGGCCUGUAGGAUUCAGAUCCUCUUGGCAUGAUACGUUUACUGGGUCAUUGUUUACAUCUGACGUGCAUGAUGGGGGCAUUGCUGGACCUAUUUUCAGGGUGACGAGGCGUCCUUGCACAGCAUUGCUAAAUAGAAGUACAUCAACUGUCCUAUUGCUUUCAAGUUGCAAAAGCUCUGAAAUUGACAGUACAGUUGGAGAGUGCAAUAUUAAUCCUGAGACAACUAAUGGUGGGGACAGUGAAAUUGAGAGGCUAUUUGUAGAUCCCGAGGACUCACUUUCUGCAUAUUUGUCUGCAUUCCAGGAGGAGUUCACUGCUGACAAAGGCAAUGAUUUGGGAGAUGGUCUGUUUAGACCAAGUAAGAGUAUGGUUAUUACUGAAAAUGCUCAACUACAAGGAAGAAGUGACCAAAUAAAUUCUGAUGUGAAAUCUCUUGUGAUUGAUAUUGGAGAGUUUUGGGUUGAGGGCAGAUCUUCUUCUGAAGCUUGGAGACUGAUUUCUAGAAGGUUUGUUGAGGCUUGUCUAGUAGUUUACAAACGGGCGAAGAGGCUACAACUUUUUUGUGAACAUUGUGUAGUGCAAAAUCGUUCCUUGGAAAGUGUUCCAUAUGGUGGCAAAGCUAAUAAAAAUUUAGGAUUUCUGAGCAAGCUUUGUAGUGCAGCUGGCCCUGGAAAUAUGUUAAAUGCCAUACAUAAUGAAAGUGGCUUGGGAAAUUCAUGCAGGGCAUUGAUGGAAUGGUUGGAACAGGACAGAUUUGGAUUUGAUAUGCCUUUUGCACAGGAAUUUAUUGAAAGUCUUCCUGGAGCAGAUAAAUGUUCAAAUUAUGAGUGCUUGAAAAAGAGGAAGGAUUAUGCAACUUCCCUGACAGUUGGAAGUGGCAAUGUGAUUUUGCAAAAGAAGAGACCAUAUGAGGGUAGUGAGCAAAAUGAAGAAACUAUACAUGAUCUUCUUAGACAAACAAAAAAGGCUAGGAAGGAACUAUUAUCAGAAUCUGGGAAAAUUGAGGACCGGGCUGCUCCACCACCUGGCCGACCCUUUGUGACAAGACUUUGCCCAGAGAUGGUAGGAGAUGUAAUACAGGUUUGGGAACUACUUUGGCGCUUCUAUGAUUUUCUUGGGCAGAAGGAGCCACCUUCUCUAGAGGAACUGGAAGAGGAACUUUUAGAUCCUUGGCCUGAAGACUUAAAGAUUACUGAUAAAUUCAAUCAGCAAAUUAUGGAAUCUAGAGAGGUGACUGGUGCAAGUAAAGGUGAUAACAAAGGAAUUUUUGCUUUGACUUUUAAUAAUCUAUCUGAAACACCGGUUCUUGGGGACAGUGGAAAUGAAGAUGUUUCAUUUGAAGCAGGACCUUUAAAAGACACUGGACAGGGUAGGGUUGCUGCUAAUUCUUAUGCCAGGUGUAAUGGGGUAGCUUUGGCUAGGGCUCAUAUUCCAUUAUUAAAAGUUCUUCUUACUGAACUACAAAGUAAAGUCUCUGCAGUUUUAGAACCGAAUGUUGACAUUGGAGAAGUGAAAAAACGUGGAAGAAAAAAGGAGUCUGAAAGUAUUGCAUCUUUAAAAAAGUCAAAACAUGAUAUACCUCCUGUCAAUGAAGUAACUUGGCCAGAGUUAGCACGACGGUAUAUCUUAGCUGUAUCUGCAUUGGAUAUGUGUGGUGAUAUAGGAGAAAUGUCAAGCCGUGAUGCAGCAAAGAUCUUACGUUGCAUACAAGGAGAUGGUGGGGUGUUGUGUGGUGCAUUACAUGGUGUAGUGGGCAUGGAAGUAGAUGCACAGCUGCUUGCAGAGGCAGACAAAAAUGCUUUGCGCAGACCAGUGGCAGAAAAGGAUGACAAAUUGCAUGCUGGGGGUGCUAAUGAUGAACACAAAAUUACUGAGGAGAAACCGGAUUGGGUGGAGGUGUUGGAGCCUGUAAGAAAACUACCAACAAAUGUGGGAACAAGAAUCAGAAAAUGUGUUUAUGAUGCACUUGAGAGGGACCCACCUGAAUGGGCAAGAAAAAUUCUGGAAUGGUCUAUUAGCAAACCAGUUUAUAAAGGAAAUGCUUCGGGUCCGACAAAGAAAGCUGUGCUCUCUAUUUUAGAAAAAUUCACCACCGAAGAACAGGUCCCAAAACCUAGGAAAAUGAAGAAGCCAAAGCCAUUACCUCCAAAUCCUGAUUUGAUUAUGAAACAAUGCCGAGUUGUAUUGCGUCUUGCUGCUGCAGCAGAUGAAGCAAAGGUAUUUUGCAAUUUGUUGGGAGUGACGCUUCUAAAUCCAAAUGAUAACGAUGAGGAAGGAAUACUUGGUCCUCCUGCUAUGGUUUCUCGUCCUCUGGAUUUUCGAACGAUUGAUUUAAGAUUGGCUGCGGGCGCUUAUGGAGAUUCAUAUGAAGCUUUUCUAGCAGAUGUUCGAGAGGUUUGGAAUAAUAUCCUCACAGCCUGCGGUGCUCGGUCUAAUCUGAUACAACUUGCUGAAUCACUUUCUAAAACGUUCGAAUCUCUUUAUGAAAAAGAGGUGCUUAGUCUACUUGAAAUGAACAAAGAAGACUGUGAUCGCAUUAUUUCAGAAGAAUCUAGAGAACCUGUAUUAGGUAAUGCUGGCCAAAUGGAAGAACUUCCUAAAGCUCCUUGGGAAGAGGGUGUGUGCAAAGUAUGUGGAAUUGACAAAGAUGAUGAUAGUGUACUCUUGUGUGAUACAUGUGAUUCAGAAUACCAUACAUACUGUUUAAACCCUCCACUGGCCAAAAUUCCAGAAGGGAACUGGUAUUGUCCAUCUUGUCUAGCAGGUCAAGAUGAUUUACAGGAAGGGGCUGUACCUGUUCCUGAGAUGCUACCAGAAACUCUGUACAAAAAGAAAUACAAAAAUAAUGAAACACGUGCAUUUUUUGAGUCCCGAUGGAAGCUAGCUAUAUCACUGGCAGAAAAGGAGUACUGGCAACUUAGUGUGGAAGAGCGACUUUUCCUAUUAAAAUUUCUUUGCGAGGAAGCCCUAUCCUCUGUGACUAUCCAUGAGCAUCUUGACCAGUGUGCAGAUCAUUCAGUGGAUUCGCAGCAGAAAUUACGCCUCCUCACUACAGAAUGGAGGAACCUAAAAAAGGAAGAACUGCCGAGCUCCCAAACUGUGAAGCAAAAUGCCAGUAGAGCUUUUACAACUGAUCAGAAUCCCAUGGAAUUUAAAGAUAUGACCGUUUCUGCCUCUUUGGAGGAAGUGAUAACAUAUGAUGAUGUAUGCAAGAAUGGACAAAAUAUCACCAGAGCUCCAUCAGUAACUGGUGGACAGGUUUCUAGCAUGGAAGUGGCAAACAGAAUGCAGGGAAAUGGCUCCAUACAUCUGGAUAAGGGUGUAAAUGAAAUAUCAUUUCAGUGUGAAAGUGGGCAGUCACAUUAUUUAAAUGAUAAAAACUGUCUAUCUUUGUGUGCUAGACAAGUAAAUGGAGAGGACUGCUCUAAUAUGCCCAUUUCAAAUGAGAAUUGUGUUCCAGGAAAAGAGCAAACAACAGAAACUACAUUAUUAGGAAAGUUUUUGGAAAAUAUGGAUCGAGAUGGUAGGCAGAGAAGUUUACAAAUUGGGAUAACAAUGGGUUUGGUAAAUGGCACUGGUGAUAAUUCUAAAGAGGAUACUCUAGACCAUAGGCUUUCUGUUAAUAUGGACAAAAAACAACAUAUGGCAAGUCCAUUUAAAAGCAACAGCAACUUCGUUGGCCAGAGCAAUGCAAUAGUUCUUCAUGAACCAAUUUUGAAUAAGAAAGAGGUAAUACAGCCUACAUCAGAUUUGCUGUCGGCAGCAUCAAUUGCAGAAAUUCGAGAUGUUGAACAUCCUAGGAUUAUGGACAUUGACACCUUAAGAAUGAACUUAUCAAUUCAGCCAGCAGAACAAUUGAAAUCUCAGGAGGUUCAGUUGGAUGGAGGAAUUAUUUCUCAUGUUGAUAGUUCUCUUCCUAUUACCUUAAAAUAUCCAGAAAGACAAGAUGUUGAAAUAAAUGUAGAAUCUCCAAUACAGAGUGAAAGUCAGAUUUUACAAGAUAAUAUUGCCAAUAUAGAAGUUCAACUCUGUAAAGUUAGUGUACGGAGAGAAUUUUUGGGCAGAGAUGGUAUAGGUCGUUUAUACUGGGCGUUAAGCAGGCAUGGUAAACACCCUUGGCUAGUUGUUGAAGGAUCUUCAGAAGCACUAAAGGGAGGCAGACAUGAAGAAGGUUUAAAUUUUGGUUGUUUUGGGAUGAUCCCUAUUCAGAGAGGAAGUGUGGAUCCCUUGUUUUGUAGUGAUAACAAUAUUUUGCCGAAGAUUUCAGGAGAUAGUAGAACUACUUGUGUGGUAGGGAUGACACCAGUUGAAAAUAAGGGCAGGGAACAAGGGCAGAAGUCUGGACGAGUAGAUGCUGUUCUUUCGUCCUGGGUUUCAUAUGAAACUGAUGAAGAAAUUGAGAAACUUCUCAGCUGGCUAAGUGAUAGCCAGCCGAGAGAGAGAGAACUUAAGGCAGCUAUUUUUCAGUGGCAAAAGCUAAGGUCUCAAAAAUCGAGAAAUGCUCAAUACAAUGGUGUCCAUGUGCUCCAAGCAAAGCAAUUCAAUAAUAUCACAAAAGGUGUCAUUUUCCCCAGCACUUAUGCUGCGCUGUUUUUGGAGAAAAAGUUUGGUCCUUGCUUAGAAUCAGAAAAUUCUGAUGUUCGUAAGCGCCGUGGUAGAAAACCAAAGUUUCAAUAUGAAGAAAGAAUGUACAGGUGUGAGUGCUUGGAACCUGUGUGGCCAUCUCGAAGUCACUGUCUUUCUUGUCAUGAAACAUUUUUCUCAAGUUCAGAGCUAAAGUCACAUAACGAGGGCAGAUGUGUAAAUACAGCUUUAGUUCAAGAGGAUGGCAUGGAUAAUAAUGUAACUUUAAAGAUAAAGAAGAGAAAAAGUGAAAGUAGUCAGUCACAUUUAAAUCAUGUUUCUCAACUGGUGGAUAGUGCUGCUCAGACUCCACCAAAGAAAGGUAGCAAGUUAGAUCUCUCUUCAAGAUCUGGUAAAAUUAAAAAGAAAAAAUCUACAGGCAUUCUGGCAUUUGACUUUAUGGAGAUAUCAAAGAAACUCAUUAUUCCACGUUCAAACAAGGAUCUUGUGCGGGAGAUAGGCUUGAUUGCUUCAGAUGGAGUACCAAACUUUAUCUCUGCACCAUGCUUUUCACCUUCGCUGGAUCCUACUCUCUUAUUCUGUCCCCCAAAAGAAGAUCUAGGUGGUGCAAAUUUUGCAGAACCAAGGCCUCAGAAUUCAGCUUCUGCAAAGUCAUUGAGUACAGUUCAUCCUCAUAGUCAUGCUGCUUUAGAUGCUUGCCAUAUGGUUGCCACGUCAAGCAUUUCAUCUUUGCAUUUGGCUGUCUUGGGUGGAAAAAAUGUGGAUGAAAUACAUAAGACUCAGAUCAAUCCAGGUUCGGAGAUGGACAGUGAACAAAAUACAGGCAUAUUAUUGAAGAACCCACCCCCAAGAUUCAUGGCUUUUGUAAAGCGCAUGAUACCUGAAGUUUCAACAAAACCAUUACCUGACAGACUGUCUCCAGUUUUAAGAAGGCUGAAGAUUAACUUACUUGAUAUGGAUGCUGCUUUACCUGAAGAAGUACUAGAGCCAACAAAAUCUUCUUUGACCAAGAGGCGUGCAUGGCGUGCAUUUGUCAAGUCAGCAAAAUCAAUAUUUGAGAUGGUUGAAGCCACAAUCACAUUUGAACAAAUGAUCAAGAGUGAUUGCUUGAGGAAUGUCUGGUGGUAUUGGUCUUCAUACUCAGCAGCAGCCAAAACAUCAACGGUGUCUGCUCUAGCAUUAAGGAUCUAUGCUCUUGAUGCAGCUAUUAUUUACAAGAAGUCUAAUGUUGAUUCUGAGCCAGCUGACAUGCCAAAAUUGAGUAAGCCUGGAAAGAGAAAAAAGGAUGAAGAUGGAUAGCAAUCAUGAUACUGUUCAUUGUGUACUAUAUUUUCUGGAGGGAAGACCCUGCAGAAGAAUGUUCCAGGGCACUCCUCAUUUAUUUUUUGAUCUUCUAAUUUUCUUGACUAGAGUCCAAUUGCAGGCAUUCACUCGUCCAUUGUCACGGGUCCUAUCACAUUUUUGUAGGAAAUCAAUUUAUUGGCUCAGGUCAUGUACCAUGAAAAGAAGUGUAAUUGAGGUUUGUAAAUAAUCAAGACUGCCAGAAGUGAUUCUGUGCUGUCCACGACAUUCUGUUUAUAACAAAGAAUGUAGAGUCAAUUUGACUCUUUUUCACUAACACUUUCUGCAGAAAAAGAUUUAUUCAUUGGAAGGGGUUACAAUCAUGGUUUUUGUAACAUGCAGACUUUCAGUGUUUUGUCGGUCUCUUGUUUUCUAUGCUGAUGUAAAGCUAUUUUAUGCAGCCAGAGUGUUUGCAUUUUCGGAUAUAGUAUAAAAGUCAUUGGCACGUUUUGUAAUAGUUAUUGAAUAUUCUCGGUAAAAAAUUAUCUUACAUUGUUGGGAGA